UAUGGCCGCGCCCCCUUCAGUGGGACGCUGCUGAGCUUCAGCUGACGCUGCACUUCACGUGACUGCUCACCGGGUGAACAUGGCGUCCUCCGCGCGUCCUUCCUUUUCUCUGGGGAAUGAGACUUUGCAGGUGCCGCUGGCCCUCUUCGCCCUGAAUAGGCGACGCCUGUGUGAACGACUGCGAAAGAACGCGGCUGUGCAGGCUGGUUCGGUGGUGGUACUGCAGGGUGGCGAGGAGACGCAGCGCUACUGCACUGACACCUCAGUCAUCUUCCGCCAGGAGUCCUUCUUCCACUGGGCAUUCGGUGUCCUUGAGUCAGGCUGCUAUGGCACCAUUGAUGUUGAUACCGGCAAGUCGACCCUGUUUGUGCCCAGGCUUCCUGACAGCUAUGCUACCUGGAUGGGAAAGAUCCAUUCCAAGGAGCACUUCAAGAACAAAUAUGCUGUGGAUGAUGUCCAGUACACAGAUGAGAUCGCCAGUGUCCUGAUGUCGAAGAACCCCUCUGUCCUCCUCACCUUGCGUGGUGUUAACACGGACAGCGGCAGUGUUUGCAGGGAGGCCUCCUUCGAGGGCAUCAGCAAGUUCAGUGUCAACAACACCAUUCUUCACCCAGAGAUCGUAGAAUGCCGAGUGUUCAAGACAGACAUGGAGCUGGAGGUUUUGCGCUACACCAAUCGUAUCUCCAGUGAGGCCCACAGGGAGGUAAUGAAGGCUAUAAAAGUGGGAAUGAAAGAAUAUGAGAUGGAAAGCCUGUUCCAGCACUAUUGCUACUCCCGGGGUGGCAUGCGCCAUAACUCCUACACCUGCAUCUGCUGCAGUGGUGAGAAUGCCGCGGUGCUGCACUACGGACAUGCUGGGGCCCCCAACGAUCGUACGAUCCAGGAUGGAGACAUGUGCCUGUUUGACAUGGGUGGUGAGUAUUACUGCUUCGCCUCGGACAUCACCUGCUCCUUUCCCGCCAACGGCAAGUUCACCGAGGACCAAAAAGCCAUCUACGAGGCAGUACUGCGGAGCUGCCGUGCGGUCAUGAACGCUAUGAAGCCAGGUGUCUGGUGGCCUGACAUGCACCGCCUGGCUGACCGCAUCCACUUGGAGGAACUGACCCGCAUUGGCAUUCUGAGUGGCAGCGUGGAUGCCAUGGUCCAGGCCCACAUGGGAGCCGUGUUCAUGCCUCAUGGGCUCGGCCACUUCCUGGGCCUUGAUGUGCACGACGUGGGAGGCUACCCUGAGGGCGUGAAGCGCAUUGACGAGCCAGGUCUGCGGAGCCUGCGCACCGCACGGCAGCUGCAGCCAGGCAUGGUGCUCACCGUGGAGCCAGGCAUCUACUUCAUCGACCACCUCCUGGACGAGGCCCUGGCUAACCAGGCCCAAGCCUGCUUCUUUAACCGCGAGGUCCUGCAGCGUUUUCGCGGCUUUGGUGGGGUCCGUAUUGAGGAGGACGUUGUGGUGACUGACACCGGCAUGGAGCUGCUGACCUGCGUGCCCCGUACCGUGGAGGAGAUCGAGGCAUGCAUGGCAGGCAGUGACAAGGCCUUUACAUCCUUCUCUGGCCCAAAGUAGAGCCAGGGUCUGGCCUUGCACCCUGUCUCCAUGUCGACUGGCCCUCCGACGGUGAGAAACGGUGCUCAGAACCUGGAGCUUGGCAUCAAUAUUUGAUCAUAC